GGGAGCGUUCCCGCAGCAACAGGGAAGAUGGCAGCUCACACAUCUCUCACUCAGUUGUCAAGUGGGAACCCUGUAUAUGAGAACUUUUACAGACAGGUGGAUCCUGUGAAUACAGGGAGAGUAGGACCAACAGAAGCUGCUUUGUUCCUGAAAAAGUCUGGACUUCCUGACAUUACAUUGGGAAAGAUCUGGGAUUUGGCUGAUCCCGAUGGCAAAGGCUAUUUGGACAAACAGGGAUUUUUCGUAGCUCUGCGCCUGGUGGCCUGUGCUCAGAGCGGGCAGGAAGUCAGUCUGUCAAGCCUCAAUCUCACAGUCCCUCCCCCAAAGUUUAAGGACACCAGCAGUCCCUCUCUAAGCAGCACAGCAUCUGCCUCCGGCGAAUUACACUGGGCUGUCAGGCCUGAGGAGAAGAGCAAAUUUGAUGGGAUUUUUGAAAGUUUGGCUCCAGUCAAUGGCCUGCUAUCAGGAGAAAAGGUCAAACCAGUCCUAAUCAACUCCAAGCUCCCCCUGGAUGUUCUUGGGAAGGUUUGGGACCUGAGCGACAUCGAUAAAGAUGGCCAUCUAGACAAAGAUGAGUUCGCAGUGGCCAUGCACCUGGUGUACCGGGCCCUGGAGAAGGAGCCUGUUCCUGCGCUCCUCCCCUCUGUCCUUGUCCCUCCGUCUAAGAGAAAGAAGAGUCUGGGCUCAGUGGCCGGCUCAGUGCCUGGACUGCCAGCAAGCCCUCCACCACCAAAAGACUCACUGCGCUCCACACCCUCCCAUGGCAGCAUGAACUCACUCAACAGCACUGGCAGCCUGUCGCCCAAACACACGCUGAAGUCAGGACAGCAUACAGUGAACUGGGUGGUCCCAGUCUCAGACCGUGGUCGCUAUGACGACAUCUUCCUGAAGACUGAUGCUGAUCUGGACGGUUUUGUCAGCGGCCAUGAAGUGAAGGAGAUCUUCAUGCAGUCUGGACUUUCUCAGAAUGUCCUUGCCCACAUAUGGGCUCUGGCAGACACAAGGCAGAUAGGCAAGCUGACCAGGGAGCAGUUUGCCCUCGCCAUGCAUCUCAUCCAGCAGAAAGUCAGCAAGGGCAUCGACCCUCCACAGGCCCUGACUGCUGACAUGAUCCCCCCGUCUGAGAGAGGCACUCCUGUACCAAGUAUGUCAGGAUAUAUGACCCCAGUGGGAUCAGAGAUGGCUGCUCUGUCUGAGAUGAGACGGUACAGUGCCGUGACAUUGUCUCAACCGGUCAACUGUCUGAUGAUCAAGGGGGAAGAUUCAAGAUCAUUUUCAUUUGGCAAUCAGGUUUCUUUUAAAGCGUAAAGUGUUUUUGAUAAAGUGGCUGCACUCACAGAAAGAAUUUGCCCUGGUAUAAAAUGUUAAAUCAAUCAAAGCAAAAGCAAAAUGUGUGCUUCUGAUAAGUCAGUACUCAUGUUUAAUAAAGAAACAAACUUGUUUAGUUUAUUAUUUUCAAAAAGUGUCUCACCAACAAAUGCUUGUGAACCCAGUACUGGACAUCUGUUGUAGUGCUGAAACGAUUAAACGAUUAAAUCGAUUACUAAAAUG